AUGUUUCUGAAACACAUAGACCUUACUACAGCUCUACGGCCCUCGUAUCUUCCAGAUGAGGUGCUCCUAUUUGUUCAGGACAACGUAGGGUUGUAUGAGGGUAAAUUCAAGCUGCCCAAUCAACAAAAUGGGCAGGUUUACUUAACCUCACAUCGAGUCUGCUAUGUGGAUAAGCAGGAGCCUCGUACACACUCUGUUGCUCUGGAUCUGAAAGAUGUCGAACGUUACGAAUUCUAUGCUGGCUUUCUGAAGUCAUCGGCCAAGGUGACUCUGAUACCAAAGCCUCCAAAGCGAUCAUCAUAUCACAGCCGUGCUCUGUCGAACGCAUCAAGCUCACAAAGAAAUCUAUCUGGAUCACCAGGGAUUUCUGAGUCUGCUUAUAGAGCACCCCCUGAGCCUCCAGCUGUGACAAGCGCAACAUGGGUCUGCACUAUAUGCAGUUUCUCAAAUCCGGUCCCCUCGAACUUUGAUCCUACUUCGGCAAACGCCCAUACACCUCUACCGCCAUGUUUAGCAUGCGGUAUCAAGCCAACAUUAUCACAUGUUCUCAAAGCCGCAAUCUCUGGUGCGAGCAAUCGCUCAGUAGCCUCACAAGCUCUGGAUGCACCUCUCCCAUUACGGCCAGCCCACUCUGGCACUCGACCUCUAUCUGAGAAUCUCGACCAAAAUUCAGCCUCAAGCUUACCCGAUGCUACCAACGGUUCAAGCUCAACUGCAUCUUUCCAAUGUCCUCGCUGUACCUUCUCAAAUCAUCCUUCUUUGAUGACUUGCGAGAUGUGUGGUGGGCCCCUGAUUUCACAGAAUGUCCCAUCAUCGAUCCAGCAAAGCUCCACAGCCGAGACCAUAAGGACUGACUCUCCAGGUCCUGUACUGGACCCCUCCAAAAUCAAUAAGAAUGGAAGUGAUGCUCCUGAGAGUGUCAAAAUUUCUUUCCGAAGAGGUGGCGAGAAGAUAUUUUAUGAGCGACUCAAGGGCUCUAUGACACAACGCAAAUGGCUGCUCAGAGAUGCGCCUCCUGUUCCAAAUAGCCGAGCUGCGGAUGACGGAUCUAAAGACACACCGACCGGCACUCCUGGAGGGCGGCAGAAGGGGGUUGGUAUUGCUGGUCUGGAGCAACUUGGCUUGAACAUGCGCAAGAACAAUGAAUUGCUAAUAGGCAGUGCUUUCGAGGAUCUAGAGGCUCUUAUGUCAUCUGCUAAAGAGGUCAUCGCGCUUGCAGAGCGAUUCGCACGGCAAACAAAUAACGGGCAAGGAAACGCAUCUGCUGAAGAAAAUGCUAUUUUGGCGGAAUCGGCGAGCCAACUUGGCCUGGUCACGACAAAGGACAUUGUUGGUGGCGGGAGUUCUGAAUCACUGUAUCUGUCAGAGCUCGCCAGGAACUUGGCUGAGUUUCUCACCGAUGACUCGAGAGGGGUCCUCAAGAAAGCUGGCGGUAUCAUAACGCUCGUCGAUCUCUGGGCUAUGUUCAACAGGGCCCGAGGCGGUGUCGAGCUCGUCAGUCCAGCAGACUUCGAGAAGGCUGCCAGACUCUGGAGUAAGCUUAAACUGCCCGUUCGUCUGCGCACCUUCCGCAGUGGUGUCAUGGUUGUCCAGGCUCGUGAUCGUACCGACGGCACCACAGUCAGGGCCAUACUUGCGUGGCUCCGCGAUCUUCACGAGUUUCCCCCUGAGCGCGAAGUGCCUUGGGACUGGCAAGAGUUUGGCAGGGGAGUUACAGCCCAAGAAGCUGCAGAACGCUUUGGCUGGAGUCUUGGUGUUGCAGAGGAAGAGUUGCUGAUGGCGGAAGAGCGAGGAGAGUUGUGCCGUGAGGAAGGAUUGGAGGGUCUCAAGUUCUGGGUGAACUAUAUCGAUCCGGGUGAGCACAAGAAGCACAAGUCUCAAGCUCAGAAGGAUAGUGAUGAGGUUAUGAAGGCAUUGAAAGCAAGCGGACUGUUAUAA